UGGAGCUGCGGGACCGGGAGAGGAGCUGCUGCGGAGCGGAGAGUCCAACAACACCGAGCCCUGAGCGCCGAGCGCCGCUACAGCGCUGAAGCAGCCUCGGUCUGAGCGCGGAGCCGGUGCGGGAGCAGCGCGGAGCCGCGGCCGGGCUGCAGGAGAGCGGGGCGGGCUGCUGCUGGGAAGAUGUCCUGCAGUUUACUGACAGACUUGAGGGUCCCGUAAUUCAAUCAGGUGCUGGGCUUUACCCUGAGAUGAGGCAUUGUAUGGGCUGAGAUCAAAUGCACUAUGGAGACAUUAACAUCACACCGGUCACUCGGCAGUCCUCCCCAAAGAAGUGUGGCGUGACUCUUCAGACCAGACGUUUCAGUGCAUUACAGUCGCGGGCCAUCACUGUGGAGUAACAGCAGUGGACGUAUCACAGAGUGUGUGUGUGUGUGUGUGUGGGAGAGUGUGUGUGGUGGGCAGAGAUUCGGAGGCUGGCAGAAGCACACACUCAUGCCCCGGGCAGCUGAAGGCUUGGCGAUGGCCGGCAGGCUGCGGGGCCUCAGGAAGGUGCCUCCGUGGGGGAGAACCUGCUGGGCCACGGUGCUGAUCCUGCUGGGACUGGGCUCCAUAAACUCAGCUAACGCGAACGUGUUGGACACCAUGCUGUUGAGGAAUUCUGGGAAGGUGACGAUGGACAGUCGGAAGGAGGACAGUGGGAGCUCAGUGCUUGUGGUGCCGGAGAGGAUGUUGUGGUGCCAUUGCUACCAUCACUGUCCAGAGGAUUCCACUAAUAACACCUGCAGGACGGACGGCUACUGCUUUACCAUGGUGGAGGAGGAAGAUGGAGGCCCUCCCAUGCUCACCUCCGGCUGUCUGGGGCUGGUGGGCUCAGAGUUCCAGUGCAGGGACACAGGGAACUCUCGUCUGAGGAGGGUACUAGAGUGCUGCACAGAUCAGGACUACUGCAACAGAGACCUCCACCCAACCCUGCCUCCACUCAACACCCCUAAGUAUGUGGACAGCAGCAUCCACCACAUGGCCCUGUUCAUCUCAGUGUCAGUGUGCAGCAUCGUCCUCCUCCUCCUCAUCAUCUUCUGCUACUUCAGGUAUAAGCGUCAGGAGCUGCGGCCCCGCUACAGUAUGGGUCUGGAACAGGAUGAGACGUACAUCCCGCCCGGAGAGUCUCUGAAGGACCUGAUAGAGCAGUCUCAGAGCUCCGGCAGCGGAUCAGGACUCCCCCUACUGGUGCAGCGCACCAUAGCUAAGCAGAUCCAGAUGGUGAAGCAGAUCGGGAAGGGCCGCUACGGGGAGGUGUGGAUGGGCCGCUGGAGGGGCGAGAGGGUGGCCGUCAAGGUCUUCUUCACCACGGAGGAGGCCAGCUGGUUCCGAGAGACCGAGAUCUACCAGACUGUUCUCAUGAGGCACGAGAACAUACUGGGCUUCAUCGCGGCCGAUAUUAAGGGCACGGGUUCGUGGACGCAGCUCUACCUGAUCACAGACUACCACGAGAGCGGCUCGCUCUAUGACUACCUCAAGUCCACCACACUGGACACGCGGGCGCUGCUGCGGCUGGCCUACUCCGCCGUCUCGGGCCUCUGCCACCUGCACACCGAGAUCUUCGGCACUCAGGGCAAACCGGCCAUCGCCCACCGCGACCUGAAGAGCAAGAACAUCCUGGUGAAGAAGAACGGCACGUGCUGCAUCGCUGACCUCGGCCUCGCCGUCAAAUUCAUCAGCGACACCAACGAGGUGGACAUCCCUCCCAACACGCGGGUGGGCACCAAGCGCUACAUGCCCCCGGAGGUGCUGGACGAGACCCUGAACCGCAGCCACUUCCAGUCCUACAUCAUGGCCGACAUGUACAGCUUCGGGCUGAUCCUGUGGGAGAUCGCGAGGAGAUGUGUGUCAGGAGGGAUCGUGGAGGAGUAUCAGCUGCCUUACCAUGACCUGGUGCCCACAGACCCAUCCUACGAGGACAUGCGGGAGGUGGUGUGUAUAAAGAGACAGAGGCCGUCCUUCGCCAACCGCUGGACCAGCGAUGAGUGUCUAAGGCAGAUGGGCAAGCUGAUGACUGAAUGCUGGGCACACAACCCGGCCUCACGCCUCACUGCCCUGAGGGUGAAGAAGACUCUGGCCAAGAUGUCCGAGUCACAGGACAUUAAGCUGUGAGGGAGGCCCACGGCAGCUCCGAGCGAGAGACACAGAGAGAGAAAGAGAGAGAGAGAGAGGCAGCUCCAGCCCGGGCUCUGACGCCCGGCUCCUGUAGAGCCCGCUGUCCUGCUAAAGGGACUCCUCGGACUCGAGCGUGCAAGGCCCGGGCACCCGUCCGUCCUGCUUUCUGUGAAAGCUCCCCGGCCAGCAGAGGAGGAGCAGCACAGCGGAGGAGAGAGUGCGCCCCCUGCUGGCGCUGGCGUGACCCUCCUCACGCAGGCUACAGUGAAGGACACGCAGCGUGAGGAGGGGACACCAGCCAUUCACACCUAAAGCCAUUUAUUUGAUGUCAGAACUUCCUGUUGCCUCGUGUUCCGCUCUUGUCGGAUUUGUAUUUAAACGACUGAAUGAAUUUUUAUUUCCUUUUAUUUUAAUGCUGUUCUGCCUUAUUCCCAAACACAGACUCCACAUACUCCACAGAAUCAGUGUUCUGAUUACAGAAGGAUGUUUCUGGAAUUAUUUUUUACUAAUAUCUGAGUGUUAAGUCAUGCUGUACGAUAUUUUGGUAACACUUUAUUUAAAGGGGCUUCAAAACACUUUAAAACAUAUACAUAUACAAAUUUAAAAAUAAGAGAUUUUACUUGAUUUUACCAAAUUAAAAACCUCUAGAAUAUAAUCAAGAGGAAGAUGGAUGAUCACAAGCCAUCAAACCAAGCUGAACUGCUUGAAUAAAGUUAUCCAAAAGCAGUGUGUAAGACUGGUGGAGGAGGAGAACAUGAUGCCGAGAUGCAUGAAAAAAAAAUGUGAUUAAAAACCACCAGGGUUAUUCCACCAAAUAUUGAUUUCUGAACUCUUAAAACUUUAUGAAUAUUGACAUGAAGAAUUUGAAUGCCUUUAAUCUACAGUGAUGACCUUUUCUAGUUUAUAACUUAGUAACUUUCUUUAGCAAAUAGCAAAUGCAUUAUUCAGGGCUUGUGUUAUGAAUGUGUUAUGAAGCCCCUAUGUAGAUAACCUUCAAGAAAAGGAAUAAAGUGUUACCAAAAUGUCCUUUUUUUACAGUGCCGUCCCUUGUACACACUGAUGUGUAAAGCAUUUAGUGCCUCUACAUGCACAAAGUACCGAUUGGUCUUAUAUAAUAUUCUAAUAUUAUAAUUUUCUGAGACACUUCUGAGAUUUUUGGGUUUUCAUUGGCUGUAAAUUAUAAUCAUCAACAAUAAAAGUGCUUAAAUAAAUGCUAAAAAAUAGAUAAUUCUGUGUGUAAUACAUCUAUAUAAUAUACUGUAUAUGAGUUUCACAUUUUGAACUGAAUUACUAAAAUAAAGUAACUUUUUAAUGAUAUUCUAAUUUGUUAUUCUGUAAGAUUAUUGGCUGGUUGCAGAAAACUCAGAUUUUUUGCCAAGUUUAUCAGAUUUCUGAUAAACUAAUGAUGUCAUUCCUCAUUAAUCAGAUGAUAAAGUGCAUGUGGAGGCACUCCUUCAGUGUAACGCUGAUAAUUGCUGUUAAUAAUGUUCUAAUAAUGAAGGUAAUGUUGGGAAGACAGACACAGAGCUACUGUAGGCGUUUCGUUCAUUUCAGGCCGUUGCUGUUUGCCUUGUACAUAAUCAUAACCCAAAAUAUGAAUGUAAAUAGUGAUACUGAAAUGUAAUUAUAUGGAUUGAAUAAGUAUUUUUCCUGCUUUUCCCCGUUUCCAGUCGUUAUUUUCUUGUUUUAUUUUGUUGUUUUUUGUUUUGCUCGUGCCUUAUUUAACAUGUAUAUGUGAGUAAGUUUAAUAAGUGAGGUCACCAUAACUCUUGUAUGUACAGUAAAUGGUAAAUGCAGUGACUGAAUGAAUGAUGAUCUCCUAAGGUUGUAUGUAUCAGGUUAACAUUCCCCCCUUAUAAAAUAAAAAAAAAUAAAUAAAUAAAAUUUAAAAAG